CCACGCUAAGCCAGGGCAGUUCCCAAUCAAACGUGGUCUAGCACUCACGCUCUGGACGCUCCCUCAAAACAUUUUGAAAAUUCCACCAGAGAAGAAGGACAUACCAGUGAGCUCCGCUAGGAAAAGCAAAAAUUCCAACAUUGUAUAGUGCAAAAGUAUUUGGGAUUUUCUUGUGCCUUUGAAAAAUAUUAAAAAAAAAAGUUUUGUGACAAAAUGAGGUCCUGUGGAAUGAAUUUCAUUAAAACAAUUUUAUUUAUUUUUAAUUUCAUUUUUGCAAUUUCUGGGCUUGGCGUCCUCAUUGCUGGAGCGCUCGUUCUUGCGGAUGUUGGUGAAUUCAGCCAUUUCAUUGAAGGUCGCGUCGUGGCACCCCCAAUUGUCCUCAUUGUCGUUGGUGCUCUGGUCUUUUUGGUUGCCUCCCUGGGUUGCUACGGCGCAAUUCGGGAGUCACCACCCCUCCUGACUCUUUUUGCUGUGUGCCUCGCAAUCAUUUUCAUCGUGGAACUUGCCGUUGGUAUUGCGGCCAUUGCCUUCAAGUCAGACCUGGAACAGGCCAUACGUACCACCCUGCAGAAGUCCAUUCGCAAUUCCAAUGCAGAAGAUCUCAGUGCAUGGGACAAUGUGCAGAAGAAGCUUCAUUGCUGCGGACUCGAUGGCCCUGCUGAUUGGGUUGAUCUCAGCCGUGAUCGGUACCUCAGGCCAAGUUGCUGCCGACCAGAGUACAUUGAUGCCCAGUCAAAGGACUGCAGGAAUGCCCUACCCUUGCACAAAGACAAAUACUACCAGGAUGGUUGUGCGGAUAAGCUGAAGAUGCGCGUGGAUUCCAAUGCAUCCAUCCUCAUUGGUGUUGGAAUUGGCAUUGCAUUCAUACAAAUUCUAGGUAUAAUCCUUGCGUGCCUUCUUGCAAAUGCCAUUCGCAAUGAGAAUGCAAAGUAAAGGAAAAAAAUUCGGACCACAGAAGCGAAAGAUCUGGAAGAGAAAUAUUUAAAAUCAAACUUCCACAUUAUGUAUUAAUUUGUAAAAUGAAAAAAAAAGACGAUCUCUCUCUCUAUCUUUUAUAUCUUCCCAUCGAAAUCAUACACACAAUUUUCCUCGUAGUGGUAGUUUAAAUUCAACAAAGAAAAUUCACAAUGAGCCUGUAAUUUGGUAAAUUUUCCUUUGAAAAAAAAUCUGAUAGAAAUAGUUUUAAUUUCUAAUUAAUAAACAUCGUAGUAAUUUUAAUAUAUUGGAUCUAGAAUACUUAGAAUUUUUUUAGAAUAGCAUUUUGUGGUAUUUUCUGUUUUCCAUUAAAACUUAUUUAAAAAAAAAAGUAUUGGCAAUAUUUAUUAUUUAAUUUUUAAUAAUAUAAAA